AUGGUUGAGGAUAACAUACAUGUGAUUCAGAAUGACCCGCUCAUUAUCGUAGAUAAAUUCCCCUACACCAGGAAGAAGGAAAGAGUCACAGACGAACAAGAGGAAGAAGAAAAAAAAAAAAAAAUCACGAAGAUAUAUUUCUUGACUCAUUUCCACGCUGAUCAUUACAGCAACAUAAAUAAAUACUUCCACGAGAACGUCUUCUCCUCGACCAUAACGAAAAAGUUGUUAACAAACAUAAUUGGAGUGAAUGAAAAAUAUAUACACAAUUUAAAAAUUAAUAAGAAUUACCAUCUUUUCAAUUUCGAAAUAAUUUUUAUCGACGCAAAUCAUUGUCCUGGAUCUGUAAUUAUCUAUUUUGAAUUUGCAAAUGGAACAAAAAUCAUACACACAGGCGAUUUCCGCUAUUCCAAUGUUCAUACCUUUUUGAUAAAAAAAGUGUUAACUUAUAAAAGGAAUGAAAAAAAUAGAGAACACAGAAUGGAAACAUUGAGUCCGACAAAAUGGAAGGAACAAAGCAGCAAAGGGGAGUUGUCCACCGGGAUGAAAAGGGGCUUCUCCUGGAAGGACAAUCCAUACAGCAUCCAUUUCAGUAGCGUACAUUUAAAUAUCUAUAAAAGAAAAACUUACAUUGUAAAUUUUGAAGAGUUCAGAAUAGCUUAUUUAAAAAAUGUUGAAGAUUUAAUUUGGGGACUUAAAUCUGUGGGAAAAGAAUUUUAUUUGUAUGAUUCCAUUGAAAAGGAAAAUUACUUUAACUUUUUCAUUUACGUAGAUUUAUCUCUAUAUUUUAAUCAGAACGAAGUGGACAUGUUGCUUCUGUAUGAUGGCAAUAAAAGGCUAAAUGACAACUUGGUAAUUAACGAGGAAAACGUAAAGAACAUUCACUUUGUCGCGAUCUCUGAUGGGGAAAAGUUAGAAGAUGGAAUCAGUCGUGACGGAACUAACUCCGUUAUGAUGAAAAGGGAGUUGCUUCACCAUUUGUCCGAUAAGUCCGCGUUCAAUCUUAGUAGAAGAAAUGGCGUCAAGUGCGGUAGGACGAAUGAAGAACACGGAAAGGUUAAAAAGGAAGAGGACAUGGACGUGAACGAGCCGCGGUUUACACAUCAGCAUACCAUGGAAGACGAGAAGACAGUGGUAAAAGCGGAAAGAGAGAGCCCAAAUGAUCUCAUCAAGCUUGAAGAUAGUCAAGGUGGGCAAAAAAUAAAUGCCCCUUGUGACGUGAACGAAUCGGAAGAAGGCUCAAAUUAUAUAAGGACCAUUUACCUGGACACAACGUAUGCCCUGUCGAAAAAUAAUUUGUUCGCGCCGCAGAUGUAUUUGAUUAAUUUUAUUAUAUAUAUAUGUAAAAGGAAAGUGAGAGAAGAUUCCGCCGAAGCGGUCGGCGCCACGGUACAGGCGGGGGAGAAGCACAAAUCUAACCUUUCUAGGACGGGGAAACGAACCCGCGCGCAUAAAUAUAAGGACGAGGGAUGGGGAGGCAAAGUGGGUAGAACAAAGAGCGAUGAAAAGAAGGGGACAACCACAUAUGGAGUGGAAAAGAACGGAGCCAGUGGACCGGAGGGUAUGGAUGAGAAGGGCUUAGGGGGAGAAGGGAACACAUCCAAAAAAACCCUAUUCAUGUUUGGAACCUACAACCUGGGGAAGGAAAAAAUUUACCUAAGCGUAUCCGAGGCGUGCAACAUGAAAAUACAUUUUAGGAAUGAAAAGAAAAAAACAAUAAUUGAGUCCUUCUUACACAAUAAAAGUAUGUUAAAUAGAAUAACAGACAACAAGUUGGAAGCGCAGAUCCACAUAGUUGACAUUAAUUACUCGUAUAUAUUCCCCAGAAUUGAAAAAAAUAAAUUUAAAAAUUUAAUAGACGAAGAAAUCGAAAAAGAGUUUGAUUCAUUCUAUUAUAUUAUCCCCACAGGAUGGGUUAAAAAAUAUUCCUUUUAUCAAAAAAAUGAAAUCUCCAUUUUUUUAAUCCCAUAUAGUGAACAUUCGAAUUUAUCAGAAUUGGAAAGCUUUGUAAAAUCUAUCAAGCCCUGUAAUAUAAUCCCUACUGUGUUUUCUAACCCUAAGGAAAAGACGAGGAUCCUAAAUAUCUUCAACUCGUGCCUGAACUUACAGCGCAAAGUGCUCAAUUUUUUGAAAAUAUCGGAUGAGAGUUGUUUGGUCAGGAAUAAAAAAAUAUCCAAAAGAGGCGAAAAAACCAAUUACCCGCGGAAACAAAUUGUAAGAGGCAAUAUUGGGGGCGGAAAAACUUCCAUUGAUAGCUGCCAACCCAAGUUGACGUCGUUUUUUCCCUUCAUAAAAAGGAAGGAGUGA